AUGCAAAUAACAUCCAAACGAAAACGGAAUCAAAAAGCUCAAAAAUUGUCAAAAUCAACAAAAAAAACUUGUAUAAGGAACUCAAUUGAUACCCCAACAAAACGUGCAGUAUUACAUGAUGCAUCUAUUCGUAAAAGAACUAUUCCUCAUCCUAUAAACACUUUAAACAAAAUGUUUAUAUCUCGAAAGACACUUUUAAUGAGCAUUAUAAAAAAAAUGAGGCAUAAAUUAAUAUCUGAACCCAAAGGUAAACCUAUUAUUUUAUAUGCACAAUCAGCGGCAAUUGAGCGGGCACUUGAAGCAGCACUUAUUUUAUCAUAUCAGAUUCCUCUGAAUAUUCAAGUAGAAACUGGUACGAUUGAAGUUGUGGACGAUGUUUUACCAUACGACUUGGUAAUCUUUGUUUUGCAGUUAUCAUCUUGA